GGGGGGUGAGGCAGAAGUGAUGUGGCGUUGGCGAUGCAACAGCGGCCUGCGCGAGUUUAAUUUUCCCCUUCUUAAGCCCGUCCAUGAUAACAACCCCCACACCAUUGUUCAGCGCGAGAGACCCUUGGCUAUCCAGGGCCUCAAUGGAUUCAAUAGGCUGGAUGAGGGAUUAGGCCCGGCCGGCCGCAGUAACCGACAGGUGACACAUUUUGCCUAUGCUCUAUUGUUGCCGUCCUGCGUGAUUCGGCGACAAUCGAACGGUCGUAUUGCGUACGCCUGUCCGCCUGAGCUGGCAGCAGGUCUCAGAGGGGACAACAAGGUAGCUCAAGGUAUCAGCUCUUCCUUUGUUACUUCCGAGCCAUCCCGUACUCCCAAGUUCGACCGCCAAAAUCAUACCCUGUUUGUGGUGGCUUCCGACUUGGACUGGUUACUGCUUAACGAAGCCGAGGCUGCGGAGGCUGCAGUGGCCAGGGUUCGUUUCGUCUUUGCGAGUACAGUGUCUCCAAGCAGGAGAGCCCUGUAUGCCGGAGCCCCAGUGGUGUGGCACGAGCUCUUGAGACGAUCUGCACGGGAGCACCCAAACGGGAACUGGGUCGCUUCUGAUGCUCUGGUCAUCACUUUUGAACGUGGGGGGAUGGAAUUUUUGGCUUUCGCAUCCGCUUUGCUGAUUAUGACAGGUGGUUUCCCCUCAUGA